AAAAAUUAUGUUAAUAUUAAAAAGGUAUUUUAAUUUUAAAAUUUGGUUGAGGUCGCGUCGAUCGCCGAAGAUCGCGCGCCCCCGUCGAUAUUCGCGCGCGGUCGUCAAUCGUGAGGUCUUUCACCCGUUUUGAAAUGCGCCUCAGUGAUUGGCCCGCAUUCGGACAAUGCGAAGCGGUAAAAAGCGUUCCGUGCACAACUUCCGGUGUUUUCGAACGACUCGUACGGGACUCGGCGGAGUUGCGAGGGUGCUCCGCGACCAGACAAACUCGUCGACGACAAACGGCGAACGCGAAAUUACGCCGCUGCAUCGGUCGUAGCGUGCGGCAGACCGUUUCGUCAGGCAGACGCUGCGUCCAUCAGUGAGUACCGCGAUUACGGGUGAAGCCAAUCGUCUGUCGUUUCGAUGUGUUGUUUUGGGUGAUGGCCUCAGUUACGAGCGCGGGCGUUGCGUGAAGACCAGAGACGGUCCCGUGCCUGCGAUGCCACAGGAACACGACGGUCGGGACGGAGGUUCGCGCGGCCCCCUGGCCAUUUGGACGGAAUUUCUUGCGGAUCUGGCGUAUUGAUCAUCGAAUAGGUUAUGUUUCCCACUUUCAUAAGCAUUCUAGAUAUACAGUCAUGGUGGGAAGUACCAAGCAUUGCUCACUUUUGUUCCUUAUUUCGUUCAGCAUUUAACCUAUUGGAUUUCGAUAUCGAGGACUUGGAAGAGGCCCUGCUGACCGAUGGCACCGAGGAGACAUCGUGGCUGCAGGAGCUGAUUGUCCGACUGUUGAGCGGCUGCCUGCCCAACAAUGAAAUCUCCACGUUCAACUAUCAGAUGUUCCUGAGGCGGCUGUUCCGCCAAAAGUGCCAGGAACACGACGUGUACAAUCCGUUCAACACGGACGUGGACUUCCAGUUGUUGCCGCUGCGCACCAAGGUCGACAUACUGCAGUGCCUCUGCGACUUCCGGCUCGACGCCGAAGAUGUUCUCGAUCAACUGAGGAACUUGGAGGCGGACAGUUUGCGCGUCGUGCCGCUUGGCUACGACAGCAACGAUUCUGCAUAUUGGUACUUCUACGGGACGCGUCUAUACCGUGAAGACUUCAAAACCAAAAACAACAAGAAGAAGUCAGUGUGGCAGGUAAUCUGUUUCACCGAGGACGACUGGUUUCAACUGACGAAGAAGUUUAAGAAGUCUACUUCUAAAGCGGAACGCCAACUCCACCACACACUCAGUGAAAACUUCCUACCGGAAUUACCGCGACUUUUCAAGGAAAAGGAGCGUUUGGCAAGGAAACGUCUACUUGAGAAUCAACCACGAAGGACUUCCAGUCGCUUACGAAAGGAAAACGAGGGCGACUAUAAGGAGGCGAAGGGAGCCACCAGUGCCCCUGCUGGAAAAGAGCCACGCUGUGACAAGCGUGCGGUCGCUGAAGAGGAAGAGAAGAAAAGAAAGCGCGACUUAGAAAGGAAGCGGAGGAACGAGGCGUACGAGAGACGGGCCCGUCUGAAGCAGGAGCGGCACGGCGAACAGGACGCACCGCUGUCGUCGUCAGCAGAGGGCCGUUAUGAGAUGGCCGGCGCCGCGGCGAAAACUAAGAAGUCCGCAGCCAGGCAACGACGUAAUUCGGCAGGCUCCACCAGUAGCAAAGACACGGUGGCGACGAAAUCGUCGAAACGUAGUCGCAAGAGUGAACGGGAGGACGAAGGUAUGCCGGUGAAAACGGCGCCGAAGCCGGCCACGGUCGGCCGACAGACGAACAACUCGCUGUCGGCCGCCACCGGUCAGAUCGUCAUCCAACCCGUCACGCAUCCGACCAAAAAAAAAAUGAAGACGUCGCAGGUGUUUCGACAAACCGACGAGGAUCUGCAAAUAGGCAUGCACAAGAUUUUGGAUCACGUGAAGAACCAUCGGGAUGCGUGGCCAUUUGCGUAUCCGGUCGACGAGGACAUCGCUCCAAAUUAUUACUCAAUCAUUAAAAAACCCAUGGAUCUAGAAACCAUGGAAGAACGGCUAGAUGCUAACCGUUAUCGAACAUAUUCUCAAUUUAAGUCUGAUUUUCAGUUGAUAGUAAACAAUUGUAGGCUCUAUAAUGGCACAGAAAAUGAUUACACGGGAAUGGUUGAUAAUUUGCUGCGAGUCUUCGAAGCGGCGACUGACAAAUUUCUGGACGAAAUAACGUCAUCGGAUGAGGAGAUUGCCGUCGAAUAUCUCGCGCCCGGUAAGGACACAAAGACGAACAAAAAGAAAAAAGUGGACAGUGACGGUGACGCGAAAAACACUAAACCCAAACCGGUGGUUACCGGUCCUGCGAACAAAAAGAAGCGAAAGCGAUCGCUUUCCAGUGAUAGUGUAGUGAGUAAGCAUAGUGAUUCGUGUCCUUCUGAACCCGAGGAGGAACAAACGCCACCUAAGAAGAAGACCGAAAAAAACAGUAAGAAAAGUAGUAACAAAACCAAGAAGACCAAUACCAAAGACAACAAAAAGAAACAGCGGUCGGUAUCUGAAAGUUCACUGAGCCACAAGAGUGUGUCUCUAGAAUCUCUGGAUGAUAUUGAUGACUACAAGUCUCCGAAGGGCAAGAAAACGGAAAGUAAAAAAAAGCCCUCCAAAAAAUCAAACAAAAAACAAAAAGUUGAGACUAAAAGGACGGAAAAACAUUCGAAGGAAAAACAAAAAAGUUCCAAAGACUCGAAGGGUACCAGUAGCUCCCCGGAUCGGAAAAACACUAAAGACUCUAAGUCCGAAAAGGGCAAACCACCUAAGGAGAACAAGCCCACCUCUAAAGGAAAAAAGGAAAAGGAUAAGUCGCCAAAAAAGUCUAAAAAACCAGCCACAAGUCCGCCUCGAAACCGCAGUCAGAGUCCUCGACGGAGGGACAGAAGUUUUUCCAUGAGCCCCCCUCCUCCAAGUGAUAUCAGUAGUCCGCCACCUUCAUGGCCUCCAUCCAGCCCUGACUCCACCAAAUUCGACUUUUCACCCCCCAGGAAAGACAAGGCAAAGGAGAAUAAAACGCGAUUGCCCCCAGAUUACAGCGAUGACGAAAUGCCAAAGUUUAAUGCGAAGCAAAAGCGGGACAAAAUAAAGGAGCUGUUUGACGACGAAAAGCCGAUGAAACAUUCCGACAAAAAGUUCAAAAAAGAUCGUCUUUCCUCACCUUCGCCUCCACCCUUUUCACCAAAACCAAAGGAUAAACAUAAUAAACUCAGGGAAACAAUUGAAAAAUUAAAAGCUAAGAGUGAAAUAUCAAACAAGCUGAAAAGUAGUGAGUACGAAUUUGUCGAUGAUGACGAAACAAAGGACUAUAAGGGCAAGGAUAAAGCUAAGAAAGACGACAAACCGAAGUUGAAGGGGAAGGAAAAGAGUGGAAAACCCACUAAAAAAGACAACAAAACUCUGGAGCUGGACGACGGUAAUAAUAGCACGAUGGACAGUGUAAUUUCAGAUGGAAAAAAGUCUAACAAAAAGAAGAAUCCGUCGUCAGGUCAUCCCCCCUUGAAUUCUCCAGCAGUGGCGUCGCAGCCGCCCAACACUCUAAACAGCACCGCGAAAUCCAUCGAGAUCGAAGCUUUAACUUUAGCUACAGAACAGACUCUGAAGGACAUCAACAAAUGGCUGGACGACACGCCGAAAUUUUCUGAAUUCAGUUCCGCCAGCAAUUCGCCGUCGUAUACGGGCCUCGACGACUUUGACGCGUUGAAUAAUAAAAUUAUCACGGAGGACCCUACGAAAAAGAGGCCGGACAAACCAAUCGUCCCAGGCGCAUUGAAAAAGGAAGGUGGGGCCCCACCUUCUAAGGAUACGAAAAAACGUCCGUUCCGUGACCCCAGUAAACUUUUUGGGAAGAGACGAGAAGUGCAGCGUACCAUCGAUAGAUUACAACCCGGCAAGAGCAAAGGCAACUUAAUUGCCAACGUGCCCAGUGUAAAUAAAACGGACGAUCUGUAUCCACUUGGGCCUCUGUCCAAAAUUAAGGACACGAAGAACUCCUUGAUCGUUAAAACUGAUACGAACGCGCCCAAGCUGAGCCUAGGCUCAGUGCUGGAUAAUUUUGGCAAACACCGUUUCGUUGAUGACCAGAAAAAGGAGGAGGAAAAGACAGUGGAACCGAAGAAGGCGGAAACAGUCACACCGGUACUACAGGAUUCGAACACAAUCGAAGACAAAGAGAAGAAGGAGGUUAAGGAGACUGUGGAACCUAAGGAAGAUCCUGUUGACGAUGCAAUAGGAGGAGCAACACCUAACCUAAGUGCUUGGUUCAAAGCAUUCGGGGCACCGAAAAUGCCUGCCCCAACCACUACUGCAGUGGCGGCGACCGCGAAGAAGACAACAACCGGCGGAGCGGACUUAAAACCCGACGGCAAAGAAAACGAAGAGAAACCAGCUCUUGGAGGUGUUCAGAAAGUGCCAGCCCCAGAUCCAUCACCUGGUCUAGACAGUGGCGGUAUGCCGCGACAACGACGUAUCAGCACUGGCAGCAGCGUCAGCGAAAGGUCGUCGUUUAGUCAGGAUAUGGAUUCACCACGUGUGGGCAUCGAUGAGAGGCUUGCUUAUCCCGCUCCUUAUCCCUCGCCGAUGCACAGGUCUCCAUCAGGGGCUUCUCCAGUGAUGGCGUCACCACGAGCUGAUGCUUCACCUAAGUCAGCUGCGUACCCACCAUUCAAUGGACAGAUGCGCGUUGGCUUCUACCAAGACACAGUUUCCACUAAAAGCAGCCCGGAUAAAUCGUGUAGCCCACGUUGCGACAAUCCACAGAGCCCUUACGCGCAUUAUUCGUCGGAACACGUUUACUCACCGAAUACCGGACAAAAUACUGCACCCGGCGUUCCUUACUCGUACACGAAUCCGCCGUAUUACAACGCCCACGCCCCCAAUUAUUCCACUGCAAACCCCGCACCCAACUCCCCCGCAGGUUACUACGACACAAAUAAGCCGCUGACUGAUCAAUAUCAAGCCAAAACGGCCCCCACUUAUGGCCCCAAUUCGCCCGCGAGUAAUUUGUCUUCGCCUGCUUCCCAUCCCCAACAUUCACCACAAGUGCACUCACCAAACGUCGUUCACUCUCCGAACGUUGUACAUUCGCCCAGUAUGCACUCCCCCAAUCUCCAAAUUGCCAACGUGCAGUCCCCAACGGUGCAAAACCAGAACGUACAGUCGCCCAUCGACGGUUUCCAUCCACAACGGCAACAACAGGAGGAACAAAUCAAACAGCCCGAAAAGACAAUUCAGUCGACAAUGUUCCCGGUAAAGAAGAGGUACACGGAGGCUGAACAAAAGUUGAGAUACAACUCAAACAAUCAGGAGGAACUGAUAAACAGGAAUUUACAAUUAGGUGAACAGAUCUCAAUCGGUACGGUUCGAAGUCCAAACAAUUGUGUCCAACCGCAAGAAAAAGAAACCCUUAAGUAUGUGCACCAGAACAUACCCGAACCUAAGCCUCUGGCACUGCAAUCCUCGGCUGGUGGCGGUGACCAGUUACCCACUUUCCCAAAGUCUCAAAUGGAUAGCUUCGCAAAGCAAGUGGCUAUGGUUUCACAAGCGACGAGCCAACAGUCUCAACAACAGAGUACGCAACAAUCACAGUACGUGAGCAGCACUCCACCGAACAACUCUUACGGGUUCGGCAGCGAAACUGCCAACUAUCCUCUUAACAUACCGUCAGCGACCAGAAGCGUGGGACCGAUGGCGUCGCAACAGGAACUUGAGAGGAAAAUGGACUUGUCGAAGUAUACUAAUAUGGGUUACACGGGGCCGGAGGUGAAUUUUACGCGCAGCCUUCAGCAACAGUACAGCAGGCCGCCGGAGUACACACGACCAGCUAUAGCUACGUCGGCCCACCAAACAACACAACCCAGUCAGACAUCACAGGCUAACGACAUGUUGCGGUAUGCCAACGCUAGUAUGUUGUCCCAGAUGGCCUUCAAAGGUCUGGAAUCAAGCGGAAGCGGUGGCAUCGUUUCUCAUUCUCCAUCACAAGUCAAUUACUCGAACGCACCCGCGUUGCAAGCUCCUUCCCGCCCUGGCAGCGAGUCGUCCCCUUCAUUAAAUCGCCUCCCACUGUCACAACAGGACUCAGUGCCCAGUGCCUAUAAGCCGCCACCUGCUGAAGUGUCUAUACCCAAGCCAACUUACAAUGCGCCACCUACUAUUGGUGGUAACAUUGCCAAUCUGUCUCACAUAGUGGACAGGUACGGUGGCGAUGAAAGGAUGCUCUCCGGUCUACAAUCCACGACAUCACCAUAUUAUGCAGACAAAGGGCUGAGCUCGUCGCACAUGUUCAACAAACCGAUGCCUUCGAAUGCCCCAGGACCAACGGCUGGCUUACCCAUGUUCUCACAGGCAAACAUAAACGCAAUGCAAUCGCAGUACCACCAUCACCACCAGGCGAUGCAACCGUCGUCAACAUCUUCCUCCAUGUACAGUCGCCAAAUAAACGAUCUGCAAAACGCAAUCAUGAGUGCAGCAGCUGCGGCUCAACAACAGCAAGUCGGUGUAGUCGAUGAUUCUAAAGCGCAGAAUUUGGCGCAAUCCGUACCGGCAGCGCAGCAACAGGCCCAACAAUCCAAGAAGGUCAAAAAGCCAAAAUAUCGAAAAACUGCAACUCCUACAGUGAGUGAGCAGCAGGCAGCGACUGCGCAACAAAAUCCGGUGGCUGCUCCGAAUCCAAAUCACCAUCUUAGUCAACAGCAGGGCUUCCAGUCGUACGCCGGUCUGAAGAGUAGCGCCUCAGAACCAGGAGCCAUAGCUCUUAAGUCUUCUAGUGUGGUACCAGGCAGUGCUUUCAACUUUGGUCCAACGGCCGCAGCAGCCGGCCUUGGCAUGGGGGCCGCCGCUGGUCUCUAUGCUGCUCCGCCCGACAAGGAUCCGCCUUAUUCGAAUUUCUUAGAUGAAUUUAGUCGAACCCAGUCGAACUACUACAUGGCUGCAGCAGCGGCGGCGCAUCAUCGAUCGACACCCGAAGCUAAUGAUAAGCAAACAAGGGCGCACCACACAUCGUCAGCAUCACAAGGAAGCGGAUACCCGUUCUUAGGCGCACCGCAGGUACGGCCGCCUGGUUACCCACCUCUUGGAGGUCCGUUCAUGCCACCGACAGCGGCCGCGGCCGCCGCCCAGCUCAUGGACUCAUCGUCACCCAUUUACCAGCACUAUCUGCAUCAGGGCCUGUUGGGACCAUCCGCGGGUGCCUACCCGCCUCCACCCGGUUAUCAUGCAGCACUAGGAAUGCGUCAGCCGCCCUACGACUCAAUGACUCGUCCCUCGUGGCUCUAGUGAAAGGGGGCGCCGCCCCGCCCUUCAUCCCCAAACGAUGAACGUCGGUGGGUCUGGUUCAAGUGUUCGCCGCCAAGUCGGCGGAAGUUUGUCGCGGGUAUAUUGACGUUACAAAUUCGACUGCCUGUGUCUUUCCGUGUGACAUUCACUGUUAGAUAACAAAUACAUCCUGGGAGAACAUACAGAAAUCAAUUAAUAGUGAAUAAAGGAAAACUUCCUUCAUAGUUUUGUAACUAAAUGAAACAAGCCAAAUCAUUUACUUAGUUGAACUCCAAAAAUUGAUUGUCAUGAGGGUCCAGAAUUGUAGUUUUUUGAUUUUUUUUAUAAAACUACAUUUUUGUUUGUUAGUGGUUAAAUUGGAAUUUACUUCUGCCGACUAGACGACGAACUCAUGCUUCUUCCACUGCUACGAUUGCACCAAACCGUCUAACUAUGAUGACCAGUCGAAUGGAAUGAAGACGAGAUUUUAGUUUCCAGCGGCAAAGUUUACAUAGUUUGUUUUUUUUUACGUUCUGUGAUUUUGUAGGUGUGUGAAAAAGAUAUGCGCUUCCAGAACGCUUGUCAACCAGUGCGUAAAUUUUGCUCACACCUUUAUUCUGUUGCUAUUUGUUUAGUUUUUUAAUUGGAAAUAUUUUAAGAGUCUCGUUUUUUAAGAUGAAAAUAUAAUAGUGCAUUGUGUCGUGAAGGUGGCGACCACUUUUUUACCUCAUUUAUAUAUUUUAUGUAUUGGCAAAUGUUAUGAACUGCGCCUGUUUUAUAUUACGUUAGUUUAUGUUUAAAUGAGUUUCCCUGUUUCAAGGAAGAAACGGACCUCGAGACUUAAAAUUCACCUAAUUAGUAAUUUUUAAUUGUUAUGUAUACAUCCUGUACAUAUUUUAUUUUUAAAGUAUUUUUUUAUAAAAACCAUAUCAGAUAUGCAAUAUUCUUUUAUAACUUCACUAUAUUUUUAAUUAUUUGUGUAAAUAUAGAUUAAGAAGCGUUACCGACUAAAUAUUUUACUUCAAUUACUACAUAUUAUUAUAUUCCCUGAAUAUGUUUGAUUACCGCUAUGUUAAAUGAGGUCUAGUUUUUUCCAAACAUUCCGGAUGUGCAAAAAACAAGAAGUAACUUCUUGCUAGAUAAUAAGAUUUAGAAAAUUGUACUUGUCGUCUAAAGAAUGGUCUGCAAUAAUGUAAUGUACUGCACUGGAAAAUUAGUAAUUUAUUAAUAUGUUGUGUGUGAUAUAUUUUUAAAUUUAAUAGAUUAUUAAUAUUGCUUUUUUGCAGUAACCACUAUAUAUUUUAUGUAUAUUGGCCAGAUUUAAUAUUACGUUACAUUAAUGCAGACCCAAUUUUAUGAUUUUUAUUAGAUAAAAUUAUAUCAUUACAAAUUUUUGUGUACAGUAAUGUUUUGAAACGUACUAUUACUUUUUAUAUCAGAAAAGUAUGCCUUAUUUAAAUGUAUAAAAGUUAAAGCAUCGACAAUAGUAAUUCAAAAUUGACAUGACGUAAUCACAGAAUUUUAUAGGAAGCUACAAUUUUAAAUUUAUUAAUUGUGUUUAUUGUUCUAUUUUUAACGUCAAAUAUUUAUUGUUCGCUUCUUAUAGAAUCUGUGACCUGAACAUAAUAUUGUUGUAUAAGCUUUAAUAAUCAAAUUUUACUGUACAAAUAUUUGAACAACUAUAUCAAUCAAACUAUUCAUACAACUUGUAUAUACAACAUGUAAAUGGAGACAAACAUAUGUAUUGUUGUACAAUGAAAUAAUAAAUAUUUAGUAAUUUGUAUUUAA